AUGUUUGGAUUUUCAAAACCUGAUAAAGAGGCAAAGCAUUAGGAGAUAAUAUUUGACCUUAUUUGUAAGGUCUAUCCAAUGCCUCAAGCCAGUACCUAACCUGACGAUCAUCUCUCUCUCUCACCUUCUCUUCCUCUCUCCAUCUCUCGGAUGGGCCUCAUCCAUUCCUGGUUCAUCAACGUCCAUUAAUGGGGGAGUCCAGACCUGAAACCAGCGCCCCUACCUCCUGCAGGGAUGAAGCUCAGGCACCAGCAACCCCUACAACCCCAAAAGCUCCUAUAACACCACGCCAGCCGAUUUCCCUUGUCCAGCCAUCCCAAAAGAACAAGAAAAAUAAACCAAAAAUCGUUCGUGUCUUUCGAUCCGUUUUUCGUUCAUUCCCUAUCAUCAACCCUACAUGCAAGUUCCCAACCAUCCCUGUCGGGUUACCGACGGACACUAACAAAUGCAGUUCAGGAACUAGAGUGACCGGAACUUUGUUCGGAUAUCGUAAAGGUAAGGUAAGUCUUUCCGUGCAGGAGAACCGUAAGUGCCUCCCUUCGUUAGUUGUUGAGUUGGCCAUGCAAACCAACGUGCUACAAAAGGAAUUGAGUGCCGGGAUGGUAAGGAUUGCCCUGGAAUGUGAAAAGAGAGCUGAAAAGGAUAAGGUAAAACUAUUCGAUGAACCUUUGUGGACAAUGUAUAGCAAUGGGAAAAAAACUGGAUAUGGGGUUAAGCGAGAGGCCACGGAAGAGGAUUUGAACGUGAUGGAACUCCUCAAAGCGGUGUCAAUGGGGGCUGGCGUGUUGCCAGGGAAUUCCGAGACUGAGGGCCAAGAUGGAGAGUUAGCCUACAUUAGGGCCUAUUUCGAUCGUGUUAUUGGCUCCAAGGAUUCCGAGACUUUUUACAUGUUGAGCCCAGAUGGGAACAAUGGGCCUGAGCUCAGUAUUUUUUUUGUGAGGAUCUGAUUCUGAUUUAGUCCAAAUAUGGAGUUGAUCAACAGGCUGAUGAGGCUGACGUACAUCAGGGGGUUCACUUGAUUAACAUUGUGAUGUUGAAUCAUGAAUAUAUAUCCUCCUGGUAUGUGAAAGGCUGAUAGGGAUUUUUAGAUGCAGUUGGGUAGAGAGUCUAAUCAAUUUGAUUGAUCAGAACACCCCAUUACUAAGGUGUUCUAGGAUUCCACCAAGGCAGCAUUGUAUACUUUUUCUUUUCAUUUUUGUUUCCGUGAAAGGUUUUGUUUUUCUUUUAUCAAUGAACAAUUGUAGCUUACUGUUAAAAAGGGAUUAUUAUUUUUCACUAUCAAUAGCUAGGUUUUGCAAGUUUCCAUUAUCAGUUAUAUAAAAGCUUGUUCAGCCCUGCUACUACUAGCUCUAACCUUAAAAUUUUGUACAACUUGGAUACAUAC